AAGUCGGGUAUUACCUGUUGCAAUGUUUACAAGGAGAAAGCGGCGUGAUGUAAUCAGCGCAAGACGGCCAGGUAUAAAAGUGGAUCGCACGUGCCGGAUGUAAACAAAAGACAGGUUGUUCGGAAAAUUGUAAGGAUCAUUUGAAAUAUAAAAGAUAGGAAAUAUGCCAAGUAACAAAUCUACGGUUUCAAGCGAUGUUUCAUCACUCACUUUGAGCCAGUCGCCACCGAAAGGCGGAUGUUUACCACAAACGUCGGGCGUACAUAGGCUCUCUAGUGCAAGCAAGAUGGCGUCGAACCUCGGAACUGCAACUCCUGACCCUCUCACUCAGAGGGCUGUUCUGGAGGGCUUGUUCGAGCGGCGCCUGGUGGAAGGCGAGUUUUGGUACGUAGUGGUGGCCGAAUGGCUGGAACAACUAAAGAAGUAUCUCGGCGUUCCGAAUGCAAGAAAAAUGUACCACCAACGUGUACAUCCGGGACCUAUUAUAUCACGCAGGGACUACGCGCAUACGGUGGAGAUGGUUCAUGAAGAUGCGUGGAAGUUGUUAUUGCAGUGGUAUGGAAUAGCGGAGGGACAUAAGUCACUAAAGCUCGUUGUGUACAACUAUUCGCGUGCACCGGAAAUAGAACAUAAUCUGAAUAACUGUAAGCUGAUGAUGACAAAAUCUGCUGUUGAGGACUUUCAUAACUUAAAAUUCAGCAAAAUGGAAAAAGUUGGACACAUAGAAUGGAAACUGCGUCAGUUAUAUAACAUUGGAAUUACAACUAAAUCUCGCCUAUGGGCAAAACCCGACACAGACGGAAGUUGGCGUCCGUUGCUUGUCCGAGAUAAGGCGAUUGGAAAAGUAUUGAAUAUUGAUUCGGACUUCAUCAGGCCGUUUUUCGCUCUUGAGGCUUUAGACCCAAGUGGGCAGUGGAAAAAUGCACCGGAAGGCGCAAAAGAAACACAAGAUGUCCCGAUAGGCGUACUAUACGAUCAUGACAUAUUUGAGGACGUAACAAGUACAUGGGAGCUGGAUAUACACGAUCAAAUUGAUCACAUCGGAAGAGAUUUUAUUGACAGACUUCACAUCAACUUUGGAAGUUUUGUACAGAAAGCGAAAGACUAUGUGGAGGAAAGAGACGCCAUUCUGCGUGAACGUGAACGAAAGGUAUCCAGUAAGGAAGCUCACCUUGAUAACGUAAGAGAUGAACUCGAAGAUCAAAGAGACCAUCUGGAACUUGAGGUCGAGGCGUACACAAGACGGAGGCUCACGUACGAACAGAAAGAAAUACAGCUAGAUCAGGAGUAUGAUCAGAAGAAAACAGAGCUCGAGGAACAGGCAAAAAGGCGUAAAGAAGAGUUAGACAAAGAGUUUGCUAACUUUCAAAAAGCUAAAGACACUUUCGACUCCGAACUAAAACGUAUGUCCGAGGUUUACAAAAUACAGGAAAACAGAAUUAAACUCGAUAUUGGCGGUCAACAGUUCACCACUUCUCUCCUUACGCUAAUGAAAGAUCCGAAUUCGAUGUUCGCCGCCAUGUUUAGUGGACGUCACAAGUUACGUCAGGAGAGUGACGGAAGUUACUUUAUAGAUCGUGACGGCGCACAUUUUCGCUACAUUCUUAACUACCUAAGAGACGGGUGUUUAAAAGAAGGGACGUUGCCUAGCAACGAUGUUUUAUGGGGCGAGCUUUUAAACGAGGCAGAGUAUUACCAACUUAGCGGACUUGUGGACUAUUUGAGAUCACUGAUGAAUAGAAGUGGAAACGUUUCAAGAUCAAGCAGCAAUCUAAGUGUUGAGGACACAUGAUUUAUAUUCACUAACCGAGUUGUUAGCAUUUGAAGCAUUAAAUAUUUAUUUGUUAAUUGUUAGCAAAAAAACAUGUACUAAAAUAUGUUAACACAGGCAUAAGCUUUCCGGAAAAUUAAAUAGUUUCAUAGGUAAA